AAACAACAAGUGUGGUUAUGGUUUGGUUAUGGUAUGAUUAGUUAUUUACAUCUGGUUUGAUCAAGGUUUCAUUUAUUUGUGGAUUUAUUUCACAGAAAAGGCAAAAGGAUAAGGAUUAUUUUUAAUUUUAAUCGUACAAAAAUAGCCGAACAUAAGAAUUUGUAUAAAAAACCAGAGAUAAAACUAUCACAUCUUCAUCGCUACUUAGUGUAUAGUUUAUGGACAUGGACCAAUUUAAGGGUAAAGUUGACCAAGCAUGCAGAAUUGCAGAAGAAUUUACAAAACUAUAUUACGAAACAAUAGAUAAACGAAGACAUUUGAUGUCAAGAUUGUAUUUAAAUACAGGAAUUUUAUCAUGGAAUGGAAAUGGUAUAAAAGGAAAUGAGCAAAUUGAGAAAUUUAUAAUUGAAUUGCCACCAUCAGACCAUGCUCUAACAACGUUAGAUGCACAGCCUGUUUUAGAUGUUGCUGUAAACGGUCAGUUAACAUUUAUUAUACAGGCCAGUGGGACAGUCAAAUAUCAGGAUAAAUCACCAAAAACCUUUCAACAAAAUUUCGUUGUUACUGCACAAGGUGAUAAAUGGAAAAUUGUUAGCGAUUGUUUUAGGAUACAAGAGCCAUUAAAUAAAUAAAUUUGUUGAAUAAAUAUUUUUUAAUACAAAUAAUUGAAUACAAUAAUUUAAGAUUUAUUUAAAAUCUAAAAAGAAACAUACAAACGAGACAACUUAGUAUAAAAUAAAAAUUUAUACAAUAUUUGAAGAUAUUUUCAGGGACAAAAUGAGCAAUGUGAUAGAAAAACACACUAGUCUUUGUCUUUUAAACCAACUAUGGGAAUGUUAGUAUAUUAUAAUCAGAAUAUUCCACUGUAUUAAAAUUAUCUGAGCACAUAACACAGCCAUAUCAGUUUAAUCUGGGAUUUCUAAAUAAAAUAUAAUAAUUUAUUUGGCUGUAUAAAAUAAUAGUGUAACUUACUUUUAGUAGAGGUAUAAGUCAAACAUAUGAUCACUUAAACAUUUUAUGUUAAUAACAAUAUUAAAAACGACUUCCAAAAAUAAUAGUGUUGAAAUCAAAUAUAAUAUGUCACAGUAAUCAAGCAAGUUAUUAGGGUGGGCCAAAAAAAUCUGACUACUUUUUUUCACUUUAUACUCUGAAAAACUGGUUUGUAGACACAUCAAAAAAAUUCUUUUCAAGUAUGAGCUUCUAAUAAGAAAAAAAUUGAAAACUGAAAGGCGGAAGACCUUCCUAUUAAAAUUAAGAGCUCAUACUUGGAGAGAAUUUUUUGAGGUUGUGAAAAAAAUAG